ACGAUGCCACAUCUCGAGCAGACCUGGAACAUUUCAGCCAGUGAUCUGCUCUUCAAAGGCUCCCACUGUCCCCUAGCUCCUCCCUCUCUAUACCGUGUGACAACAACAACUCAUCCACAGAGCGGAGCUGCACUUUUCAGCUCAUUUUCCUCCUGUCAUUCCUCCUCCUAUCUUUGAUCAUUGUCCCGCCGCUCGGCCCCCCCAAAGCCCCUCACUCAGCACGCCUUUUUCUGCGCAGCUCUUUUUCUACUUUCCCCCCCUAACUUAUCCGAGGAGCGUAACUCUCGUGGAUUCUUUCAUUUCGGGGUGUCUCGGCAGGCUGGGUUUUUAUACUUUGAACUUCGGCUACUCUCUUCCCCCUCCUGUAGGUGACCAUGGCCGUACCGGCUGCUCUGAUCCCACCAACUCCUCUGGUGCCGCCGCCUCCGAUCUCGACUCCCUCCACCACCGGGUCCCCGCCGUCGACAACUUCAUCGCCGUCUCCAUCCCUGGCACCUCCGUCCGGACCCGGGCAGAACCUGUUCAGGUCGGAGCUGCUCGCCACCGGCAGCCCGGGCAUCCCGGGCAUCCCGAACCCGAACGCGGCGCUCCCCCCCGGCAAGCCCGUGUACUCGACCCCGUCGCCCGUUGAGAACAUACCGCAAAACAACGAGUGCAAGAUGGUCGAGCUGCGCGGUGCCAAGGUGGCCUCGUUCACCGUGGACGGCUGCGAGCUCAUCUGCCUUCCGCAGGCGUUCGACCUGUUCCUGAAGCACCUGGUCGGGGGACUGCACACCGUCUACACCAAGCUGAAGCGGCUGGAGAUCACGCCGGUGGUGUGCAAUGUGGAGCAGGUCCGCAUCCUCCGAGGGCUCGGCGCCAUCCAGCCAGGGGUGAACCGCUGCAAACUCAUCUCCAGGAAGGACUUCGAGACCCUGUACAACGACUGCACCAACGCGAGCUCCAGACCUGGCCGGCCUCCGAAGAGGACCCAGAGUUUGACAUCGUCAGAGAACCCCCACAUCAUGCCCCACUCGGUCCCCGGCCUCAUGUCCCCCGGCAUGAUGCCACCCACAGGCCUGACAGCGGCGGCGGCAGCAGCUGCCAACGCAGCCAUCGCCGAGGCCAUGAAGGUCAAGAAGAUCAAGCUGGAGGCGAUGAGUGGCUACCACGGCAACGCCAACCACCACGGGGCCGACGAGAAUGGAGACCUCAGCUCCGGCGUCGAUCCUAAAAGAUUCCUGGAUCUGCCCCCUGAUCCGUAUCUGCACCAUAAUUUAACAGGCCUGGAACUCCCCUUCAUGAUGAUGCCACACCCCCUGAUCCCAGUCAGCCUGCCCCCAGCCUCUGUCACCAUGGCGAUGAGCCAGAUGAACCACCUCAGCACCAUCGCAAACAUGGCGGCUGCAGCACAGGGCCAGAGCCUGCCCUCCAGAAUGGUCACCUCUGUUAUAAAGGGGCUGCAAGAACGUGUGCCGGACAGUCCCUCCCCUGCUCCCUCCUUAGAAGACAACAGGAGGCCGGGCAGUCACCCAUCGUCCCACCGCAGCAGCAGUGUGUCCAGCUCCCCAGCCCACACAGAGAGCUCCUCAGAUAGGAUACGUGCGUCUUCAUACUACACUGCACACCACAAUGGCCUGUCCAUGAACCAAGCCCUGCUCGGCCUGUCCCCCAACAUGCCACCUGGACCGAAAGAGGGAGACCUGGCCCACGACAUGAGCCACGAAGCAAAGAGGAUGCAUGCUGACAAAGAGGACAACCUGUUGUGCACCCCGACAGCGAGAGACAGCUACGAGAGGUUGUCGUUGGCUGGACAGGCUCUACCUCCCGGCUUCCCCUCACCAUUCCUCUUCCCAGAUGGCUUGUCAUCAAUAGAGACCCUACUCACAAACAUACAGGGCUUGCUCAAAGUGGCAAUUGACAACGCACGGGCUCAGGAGAAGCAGGUGCAGCUGGAGAAGACGGAGCUGAAGAUGGAGCUGUUCAGAGAGCGGGAGCUCAGGGAGACUCUGGAGAAGCAGCUCGCCAUGGAGCAGAAGAACAGAGCGAUCAUCCAGAAGCGUCUCAAGAAGGAGAAGAAGGCCAAGAGGAAACUCCAUGAAGCCCUGGAGUACGAGUCCAAGAGGAGAGAGGUGGCCGAGCAGACCCUGAAGCAGCCGUCGCCCUCUGACAGCAUGCGUUCACUCAACGGUCAGACGCUCCACAACUCUCUGACCCCUGAGAUGGAGAGUGACCGCAGCAGUGGAAGAACAGAUGCUGAAAGGACAAUACAAGAUGGAAGGCUGUUCCUGAAAACCACCGUGAUGUACUGAUAAGGCCGCGAGGAGCUGGAGGAAACAAAAAAAAGAUUUCAUGAAAAAAAAAAUGAGAGAGAGAGAAAGAAAGAAAAGAAAAACCCAUGAAGAUUCUCGACGGCCCUUAUCCAGGCUGAUUUAAUAGUGGAAAGAAGUCAAGCUGCUUGUAGGAGUUCAGUGGAAAUGCUGUGUUCACCCGAAUGCUGGAGGAGGUUGUGUCUGAAUGUAGAAUAAGAAGUCUUUUAUUCCACCACCAGAGGCCGAAGCAAAAUAGUUUGAUAAAGCAGGUUUUGACGGGUUGGCCUAACGUGAAGGAUAACAUAUAUAUUGAGCACAGUAAAAAAUGUACCCAUGGUACACUGUUGGUUAUAACUCGUAAAUUCACAGCACUGAAGAUUUUUAUACUGUAUCUCAGCCAGCGGGAAAGCUUCGAAACCGAAAAUUCGACUGAAGGUUUGUUUUGUAUUUCAAAUUGAAUUUUGAGAAGCCCACCGCGUGGAGAUGAACCUCGCGGAGAGGGCGAAAAAAAAAAAAAGAAGAAGUGUGAAUCUGUCCACGUGUUCAUCAAAAGAGAAGACUGAUGUUUUGAUUUCAAUGUUUUCUAAAUUAGAUGACAAUACAAUCAAGUUUCCUUUUUACCAUUGUUGUAUAUACAUGAUCGGAUGAUAAUGAUAGGAACAACUCACUCUAUCGAGCCCCAGCGGAUUGAUGAGGUAUGUGUAUAUAACGUUAAGAGGUAUUGUGUAUGCAGUAGAGCUAUUAGGCAAACAAUACCACCAUUUAUAUAAACCUACAGUUUUGUUUUGUUCUAUUUCUGAGCCAUCAUUCUUUCCUAUAGCUGCCAUUUUGGUGAGAAAGCAUGCAGGCAUGUAAAUGUUUGUCCUGGAAUUAUGAUAUUUAAUAAAUCCUAUAUUGUGCUGAACAAAUACUAGGGUUGACUCACUCGAGCCCACAGGAUUUUGAAAAACAUAACUAUCCGACAUUUCACUUUCCAAAAGACUUUUGCUGUGGAUAGUACUGUAAUCUUUGUAACAGAGGUAAUAUUUCUUGGAAUUUACUGUACAUUUGUCAUGAGACUCACUCAAACGUCGGCGCCUCUCGAUACUUUUACAGAAAAAAAGAAGAAAAAAAAGAUCCAGACUAAUUAUGACCUUGUGUCGGCUUCAGCAACAAACGGUCACGACACAAAUGUUUCCAAUCUCGACGCCAUUUAGUGACCACACUGCUCAGAUCCCCGGUGAGCCGACACAAACGCACUCUUCUUUUUUUAGAGUGCGCGGCGACAUCCUGACGAGAAGAAGAACUCGUGAUAAGUUUUGAUUUUUCUCGUUACUUUCCCUGAAGACUUCUGAAUUUCCGUGCUGAACCACCUGUGUAUAUUCUCUAGACAUGAGCUGAUGUCAGUCGUUUAACUGCAAACCAGUUUAGACCUUAUGUGUUACAAUCAGGAGAGGAAGAGGAGGAUGAGGAGGAGGAGUGUCCCAUGUUCACAAUGUGUUUGUUCUUUUUGUUCUCAAUGGAGUGUCUAGGUCUGUUGUCACUGAUAACUUAUAUAGCUUCUCGAAUCAUCUCUUCAUUGUAUUUCAAAUUCAAAUAAAAGUUAACAUGUUGAUGAUAAACUGUGAGUUAAUGUUGCCUGAGGUCUUGAAUACACUUCUAUGUCGAUGACACUGUGGUUUGAAGGUGGACGUCCCAUAUGACACUGGAUUAAUUGUAACAUUUCACGCACAGCCACUGACUCCAGAUCGUGUAUAAAGAUGGACGACAUGACAGCUCCCCAAAACUGAAGCCCCCUGGUGGCUGGCUGGAGUAUUAGUCAUUAAACCCCGCCUCCACUCUAGCUCGAUGCAAAUUUCCCUGUAACUUCAGUUAUUUGAUGCCAUAAAAGUAAGUGGCAGCAAGAUGACUCCUGAUUGGCUCAGCGCAUGCAUUUGCAGGAACUCAACACCACGGCUCCGCCCCCUCGAUUUUUACUUCGCGGACUAGCUGCAAAUAACUUCCUUCAUAUUCUACAUGAAUGUUGGAUAUUUUAGCUUUAUUUCAUGAUAGUGGGAGGCGUCGUCCAUCUUUGUAUUUAUUCUGAUGCCACUGACACGUAGGCAUCAGUUGAAGAUGAAAAUGUAGGCGAGUGAUGGAAACAACUGCUUUUCUUUGCAACUCAAAAUAAUUGUUGUGUUUUCAGCGUGUGCGUUUUUUUGACACCUUUAAUAUCAGCCCUCAGUCUUUUAACAAAUUUCUGUGUUUUAUAUAUGGCUUAAAAAAUUUAAACAUUACAGGUAUAUUGUACUGUAGAAAAACAAAUGAGCAUAUUGUUCUUCCAUUUAUAUUGAAGUUUAAAAAAAAAUUGUAUGUGUCUUGAAAGGAGAACGUCUUCUUUGAGUUUUUUCCUUCAGUGCGUGAGUGUGUGUGUGUGUCACGUUUAAAUGCAUUGGCUAAUCCUGGUGGGGGGGGGAAUGUGUAAAUGAGCGGGUGACCAAGCUCAAUGUAAAUGAAUAAUUUCAUGUGUACUUUCAAGUGUGUGACACUAAUUCACAAUAUAUCACCAUAAAAUAAACACUUGCAGUUUAACCAGUUGUGCACAA